AGUUCGUGCUAUUAUUUGUAUGCGAGCUUCUAUUAUAAUCAUAAUAGUAAUAGAAAGCGCUAAAGGACAGAAUUAGGCUAUUUUAUGGUAAUAAACCAUAAUUACACAUCUUUAACGUGUAUUUACAAAUUUUGAAGAAAAAUGGGUGGUUGUGUUAGCAGUGUAGAUGAAUUUGGCGAUAUCGAACCUAUAAGAAGAAACCAUGAAUACUGUGAUUGGUUAGAUUGGAAAAGAAGGUUUCAUGAUACAAUCAAUAGCAAAAACUUACAUCAAGAACUUUCCCAUAUUUUGGGACCGACAUUGAAAGAAGUGAUUGGUCCUUACGGCAUAGAAAUAAUUGAAAACUUUCAAUUCCGGGAAAGUCAUCAGAAACUAAACUUUCAUAUUCUGUUAAGAAAAUUGGACAUUUUCUUUUACUUGCGGCGCUUCCCAAGAAAUCCUACAGAAUCUAUCACAGAAUACAGAGACCGACUGCUGCCGAUCGCCACAGAUUUCGGCAUAAAGUAUCCGGAGAUCGCUAUAAAAGAAAAAAUAACCUUUGACUUAAAAACCAAUCAUUUUGUAGAAAAUUUAAAUGGGCUUGUUUCUAUUCGCAAUAAAAUUACUGCCCUUAAACUUUUGAACAUGGAGGAAAUAAUUUUUCUGGUAAACAUAUCCGAAAACUGGGAGGCACGAAAAAGAAGAGACGAUUUUCUAAAAAGAAUUGAAAAAGAAGGUUUUCGUCAACUACGAAAUGAGAAUUGCUGCGGCAGCAAUCACUUGCAGGAUAGAAUUUGUCAGGCAAAAGGAGAAAGAUGUUGGAAAUGUGACGGAUUAAACCAUUUUGCCAAAACAUGUAGAAAACGUUAUAUUAGGGACUGUAUUAACUGUGGUAUAAAUCAUGCAGAAGGCAAGUGUGGUGCAUUCGGAAAAGAAUGUUCGAGAUGUGAAGGAUUUAAUCACUUCCAUUGGAAAUGCUUGCCAGCAAUGAGAGUUCAUUGUCCAUAUUGUGGAGGAUCGCAUAUAGAUAUAGCAAGGAGAUGUUUGGCUUUUGCGAGAACGUGUUCGAAUUGUCAGAGAGUGGGCCAUUUCUCGACAAUGUGUCGCUACAAAAGGCUUCGAUAA